AUGAUUCCAAGCGAGAUGAAUCAAGGAGAAUCUCAGACGAAGGCCGAAUGUGACAGAACGCCAGAGAAGCCAUCAAUCGUACGACUGUGGACAUCGGAGGUUCUCAAUCUCGCUGGCGCGGCGACUCUCAUGAUCGGCAUUCUGUCGAUUCUCCUUUACGCCGACGGAAGACCGACAACAGACCUUAUGUGGCUGACAUCCCUAAAUAUCAACUCUGUCCUCGCAGUCCUCUCUACAGUUUAUAGAGAACUCCUAGUGGGCGUCAGUUUCGAAAUCAUAUCACAAUUCAAGUGGAUAUGGUUUUGGUCGAAGCGCUCUCCGGCACGUUCUCUUCACCACAUCAAAGCUUUUGACGACGCGAGCCGCGGGACUUUGGGUGCUUUGAAGCUGAUCCCGCUAGUUGCCCUACGUGAUCUUGCUUGCUUACCACCGCUUAUCAUCAUUAUCUCUUUUUUUGCUAUCGGGCCUUUCGUCCAGCAGGGAGUGGGUAUCGCGAGGAGAAUAGACAUUGUGCCUCCAGGUACAGCUGCGUGGAUUCCAAUUUCUCGGAGAGUGGAAGCGCCGGGCGAUGGGGAUGUAGACGUCGACAACUCGGGUAAGGCGCACUUCAAAGCCAGCAUACGGGGAAUGAUCUACUCCGCCCUCGGAAAUCCCCAGAGCAACGACGGCAGGAUCGAGGCAACAUGCGAUACUGGGCGAUGCAUAUUUGUGCCCCGAUUUCAGCGAGACCGUAAAGAAGCCACGCACGCGUCGGUCGGUAUUUGCGGGGGAUGCCAUGAUCUCACUCACUUGGUAACUGAACUCAGUGAUUCUUCCUUCCAAUUGCCGAAUGGCCUCUCAGUCAACGGUGCGGGCGAUCCCAAUAUUUUCAUUGUCAAAACUGACCACGACACUUCAUGGGCAACAAAUGGUACCGGAACCCGACUUCCGCAAUAUUGGGCUGCUAUGACCAAUUUUACGUUCAUGUCAAGAACUAGGGGAACAUAUCCCAACCACACGACAGGCCAGCUUGCCGAAUCAAUUCUUCCGCAAAUCUUCGCGGGGACAUGCUCUCUGUGGCCAUGUCUGCAGUAUUUUGGAGCACACGUCUUCAAUGACACACUGCGUGAGGACGCACUUCAUCAAACACCUAUGUACCCAGACGCAAUCAGCUACUUGGAAAGGGAAAAGAACGUAUCUUUUGGGGGGCCAGUUGAUGCGUUGCCAGCUUCUUGGGAUCUCACCGCGGUGCAGUCCCCAUGUCGAGUAGACAAUGCACUCUAUGGGUACGAAGAUAUCGAAACCACCACCGUUUUUGGUCGGAUGAGCCAACUGGCUAGCGACUCAGAAGUCCGCAUUCUAUCACCUUCGAGCGCACCAAAUCAUCCCGUCGAAGUCGUACCGAAGCCUUGCGUAUUUAAAAUGGCCGCCACUUUCAGAUCCACUUUGGCCUCUUUCCUGAAUGAAGAAAUUUUCAACGGCAGCUGCAGCCGAGAAACCUCAAGAUCUGAGACCGCAGUGCUUGACUGUGGCGGAAAAUGGUGGCUGGAGCUGCUGUGGGAGAGUGGGAGGUCAAGCAAAGAAAGUAUCGACAAGCGAAUAACGGACUUCGCAGCCUGGAUAACAACCGAAUUCAGAUCCAGCCUUUCAGGUCUCGGAAGUGGAGAACUCUACAGUUUCCACGGUCGAGGACUUGAGGAGAUUACAUAUAUUACAGUCCGAUGGCGCUGGCUACUCUUUCCAUCAUCUAUGUUGAUGGCCGAACUCAUUGUUUUAGGUUGGGCCAUCGCUCGCACGCAAAAGAACAGGAACCGGGAAAUGGUAUGGAAAAGCAACCCUUUACCACUCAUCUACUACGCAAACUACUUCAUCACCUCAGAUGGACAAUCUCUGGGACAUGAAAAGAUACCACCCAUCAUGAAAUCCAAUGAAGGACGUUUGAUGACAGCAGAUGGCAUGGAGAAGUCUGCUAAGCAGAUCUCGGUAAAGCUUCUAAGAGGAGGAUCACAGGACUCGGCUUUGAAGGAUAUGGCUCUCUGGAUUCCUGAGCUCAAACAAAGGCACUCACGUAAUAGCCAUGAACCAGAAUUAGAGACUGGAAGGUCUAGAGAGGCCAAGGGCUAG